CUCCGCUUGAUGAAGUUGUUGAAGAGGAAAAGUUGAUAUUCCUAGUUUGUAUCGGCUUCUUUUUCCAAGACAUGUUAAAUUACAGUUUUACUCUUUCCUUAAUCCUUGUUUAAGAUGGAUUAGGUAACUAAUCUCCCCUAUAAAUGCUAAGUUAAUGAAUUAGGUUUUCACUUCAGUUUCACUUUGUCUGCAGCCUCCAAUGGAGAAGGCAGAGUUAGCAUCAACAGAUCAAAGGAGUAAUCGUAGAUCUCUCCCAUUACCAAAGGCAGCACCCUGGCUAGUUAUCCCAUAUGGAAAAGGUGAGAAAUUUCAAGCUUUUUAUAAUUUUUCUGAACCAAAUAACACAAAUUGUAGAAAAUUCAUACCAGAAUUGAAAGGUAAAUCUGCUUAUCAGAAGAAUUCUCAUCAAGGGUGGUUAAUUGUUCUUUGUGAUGAUGAUGAAUUUGAUUACACACCAUGGAAUUAUGGAGAUUGUUUUCUAUUGAAUCCAUUGACAAUGGAGAGUAUAGAGUUGCCUUCUUUUCUGUAUUGGUAUACAUUAGAUGGAUAUUGUUUAAGUGACUGUCUAUUGACUUCACCACCUAAGAGUAGUAGUACUAGUGCUACAUUAGAAGCUGGGAAUGGAAAUUCCAUGGUUUUUAUGCUUUUUAGAAGAGAAGGAAAAAAAGGGAAAGCAAGUCUUCUGUUUUGUCAUCCUGGUGACGAAAAAUGGAGAACAUAUAUGAUUGAGGACAUAUAUGGCGUUGGCGAGCUUCGGUCGAUGUGUUAUUUUAAAGGAAAGUUAUAUAUAAUGUGCUUUGGUGAUGAACAUUUAGAGAUAGAGAUACAACAUGAGCUUGAGCCUAAAAUACCCUCUACAAGUAAAAUUCAGGUAAGUAACGACGUCACAUAUGAGUCAAUGGGGGGAGUCCUUGAUUCUCAAAUUUUAAGGUAUUAUGUGGAGACUUCUGAUGAAAUCUUUAUGAUUGAUAAAUGUUUCAUUACUAGAGGUGUUUAUCAAUAUUGUGUAACCAUUAUGAUUAUAUUAAAGUUGGAUUUCUCUACAAUGUCAUGGGUGGAGGUGACAAGCUUGGAUGAUCAUGUCUUGUUUAUAAGUCGAACUACUAGGCUAUCUUGCUCAGCCAGGGGGUUAGGUUUUACACAGGGUUGUGUGUAUUUUACACAACCUAAUGAGAUGUGCUUCUACAAGUAUGCCCUGGAAGAUAAAUCCGUUAUGCUUUCACUGCCAUGUCCAGAACUACCAAAGCCAUGGUUCCCUCCUAACUGGCUCAUGAUUCCCACAACACUCAGUAGGGAUGACGAUGAUAGACGAAGAGCAACAGAUUCUAUGUCAGGUAAUGGAAGUAACAAUACUAAGGCAGUAGAAAAAUCUAGCGUAGCAAAAAAGACAAUCAGUAGAAGAACUAUUAUGAACAAUGAUGAUGAGAAAGAGGAUAUCAAAGAAGUAAAGGGUUGGGAUAGACUUGAUGAUGAUAUAGUGUGGUUCAUAUCAAGUUGUCUAAGUCUUUUGGAUUAUGUACAUUUACGUGCUGUCUGUAGAAACUAUCGAUUGGUAUUCCCUAUAGUGAAUUGGAGAAGUUGCUGUUCUACCAGGAGCUUACAAAGCACUGUUUCGUCUCCAUGGCUGGUCUUCGCCAAGGAUAAUGAAUCUGUCUACAGUUUUAUAAACCCGAUGCAUAAAGAUGAGAACUACCUCACGAGCAUUCCUGAGAUACUAGAAGGUUCAACAAUUCGCUUCUCCAAAGGUGGUUGGUUACUCUUGUCAAAAGGUUACCUUAGUGUGUUCUUCUACAAUCCAUUCACGAAAGCAAUCAUCAAACUUCCAGACUUGCCAAGUAAUUAUCAAUUCCGAGGUAUCUCUUUCUCGUCCUUGCCAACUUCUUCAGAUUGCGUUGUUUUUGCCAUCAGUAAUUUCGCUAAUGAUUCAGUAUUUAUCUCCUUCAUUAAACGUGGGGAUGAAUUUUGGACGUAUUCAAAUCAGUAUGAUAAUGUUUAUUUACCACCCAAUAGAACAAACAUGGAUUUCGAGCCGAGUCUUAACAGUCCAAUUUUCUACAAAGGAGCUUUUUAUUGCUUGGAUGUGAACGGAACUUUAGGUGUAUUUACAUUAGAGAAUGGUACUAGGUGGGAAGUUUUGUCCAUGGUACCCCCACCUAAUUGUGAUUUCAUCUAUAAGAGUUACUUGGUAGAGCUUGAAGGAAAGCUGUUAUCUGUACUGUUAGGCCACUAUGGAAAAUGGGUUCGGGUAUUUAGAUUGGAUAUGACGGAAAUGGUUUGGGUUGAAGUUAAGCAUUUAGGAAGGCUUGUGUUGUUUAUCAGCAAUACUUCUUGUAUGGCAACAAUUGCUCCGACUAGUCGAAUGGAGAACAGAAUCUACUUUCCAAGGUUGCAGAACGAAGGAAUUCUAUUUUAUUCUCUUGAUUCCGGUGAAUAUCAUUCUCUUGAGAGUGAAAAUUAUGGCACAGAUUAUUGUAACUCGAAAGACAACUUAAGGUGCGGUUGGAUAGAACCGACUUUGUCAGAGACCACACUCCCAAAUUUUGACUGGUCUAGCAUUUAGAUCUACAUGGAUCCAUUAUUUACUUCUGAGUAACAUUUCAGUUUCAUCUUUUAUCAAGUGUAACAUUAUUUAUGUGUAAUUGUGUAUCUUUAACUCAUGAGAGCCUCCAGGCAGUGUUGUAUUUUAGAUGAUUGAUUUCUACAACUUAACUCUUCCUUAAAUCGGUUUGUUGCGGUUGCACUAAGAUGGAGAGUUUCUGUUUUA